UAUAUGGCUCCUAGACCAGGUUAUGGUAUACCUUUGGGUGGUAUAUCACCAAUGGCAGCCCCAGGUUCAGAAGUAGAAAAAUUGACAACUCUUUUCAUUGGAGGGAUAUCACCGGGAGUAACUGAUGAUUGGAUGGAAAAAAUUCUUAAGACUUGUGGUACAUUAAAAUCUUGGAAGCGAGUUAAAGACCAAUCCGGAAAUCCAAAGGGUUUUGGAUUUGCGGAAUAUGCUGAUGCUGAUAGUGUACUGCGUGCUUUGCGUGUACUUGGUGGUGAAGGUUCGGGUGAUGAUAAAAAAGACAAGGGAGUUGUUCUUCCUGCUUUGGAGGAAGGUGCUAAUGGCAAAAAAUUAAUAGUAAGCAAUCAUUUCUUGAUAAAUUGCUUUUUAAUCCUAAUUCCUCAUCUAAAUAACAUUUUAUCCACAUAUAUUAUAGGUUAA